UAAACCUCUACUAAAGUACCCAAUUCUGAGUAGUCAAUUACUGUAUAGAUCUGUAUAGAUAAUUAGUUAAUUGCUUAAUUCCGUCAAAAUGUUCAGAAACAAUUACGAUAACGAUUCCGUAACAUAUUCUCCAACCGGUAGAUUAUUUCAAGUGGAGUAUGCUUUAGAAGCCAUUAAGCAAGGUAGUGCAGCCGUAGGAUUAGUAUCUAAAAGUCAUGUUGUAUUAGCGGCAUUAAAACGUAAUGCAGAAGAAUUAGGUUCAUAUCAAAAGAAAAUUAUAAAAAUUGAUGAUCAUAUGGGAAUUGCCUUGGCAGGUUUAGCACCAGAUGCAAGAGUAUUAAGUAAUUUCCUUAGAAAGCAAGCUAUGAGUUCUAAAAUGAUUUUUAAUAGACCAUUACUGACUUCAAAAGCAGUAUUAUCAAUUGCUGAUAAAGCUCAAGAAAAUACUCAAUCUUAUGGUUCAAGACCUUAUGGAGUAGGAUUAUUAAUUGCUGGUUAUGAUGAGACUGGAGCUCACUUGUAUGAAUUUCAACCUUCAGGUUCAGUAUUAGAAUAUUAUGGUGCAGCAAUUGGGGCAAGAUCUCAAGCUGCAAGAACUUAUUUAGAAAGAAAUUUAGAUACAAUUCUUGAAACUGAUUCAGUUGAAGAUUUAAUUGUUCAUGGAUUAAAUGCUUUAAGAGAUACUUUAUCUCAAGAUGUUGAAUUAACUUUUAAAAAUACAAGUGUAAGUGUGGUUGGUAAAGAAUCAGGUUUCACUAUAUAUGAUGAUGAAGAAGUACAACAAUGGUUGGAUAAAUUGGAUUCUGUAUCAAAUGCUAGAAAUAGAGAUGAUGAUGACAAUGAUAAUAAUGAAGAUUCCAAUACUAAUACUAAUGAGGAAACCACCACGACUACCACUACCAAUACCAAUGAUAAUGAGAAUCCUGCAUCUGAAGAAACUACUACAGCUACUGAAACUGCACCUGAAGAUGACACUAAUACCACUACCGAUCCUUCUGGUGAUAGAAUGGAAACUGAUGAUUAGUUAUUAGUUAUUAGUUACUAGUUACUAGAUAUACGUCAUAGAAAAAUAUCU